UGUAGUGUAAUCAGACAUUUAUUUGCCUACCUUGGAAAGGCUGACGGAUCAGGGUGUAUUUUCUGUGUAUGCCUCUCCUCAUCCACGAUCUGUAGGAGCUUGGUCACGUUUGCAGUAGGAAUUCGCUCCUGGAAACUAACAGGGAUGCCAAAGGAAAAAUAUGAUCCUCCAGAUCCUCGCAGAAUUUACACCAUCAUGUCAGCAGAAGAGGUAGCCAAUGGGAAGAAGUCACACUGGGCUGAAUUGGAGAUCUCGGGUAGAGUGCGGAGCUUAAGUACAUCCCUUUGGUCGCUGACACACUUGACUGCUCUGCACCUCAAUGACAAUAAUCUUACUCGCAUUCCACCUGAUAUUGCCAAGCUUCAUAAUCUGGUUUACCUGAAUCUGUCAUCCAACAAACUCAGAAGUUUACCAGCAGAACUAGGAAACAUGGUGUCUCUCAGGGAAUUGCUUUUAAAUAACAAUAUGUUACGGGUUUUGCCUUACGAACUUGGACGGCUCUUCCAGCUACAAACCCUGGGUUUGAAAGGCAAUCCUUUGUCACAAGAUAUUCUCAGCCUCUACCAAGAUCCAGACGGAACUCGAAAGCUACUGAACUACAUGCUUGACAAUCUAGCAGUUCAUCCAGAGCAGCUGCCUCCAAGGCCAUGGAUUACUUUAAAAGAACGAGACCAAAUUCUGCCCUCAGCUUCCUUCACAGUGAUGUGUUACAAUGUGUUGUGCGACAAAUACGCCACCCGGCAGCUCUAUGGCUACUGCCCGUCUUGGGCACUCAACUGGGAGUACAGAAAAAAGGGAAUCAUGGAGGAAAUUGUCAACUGUGAUGCAGAUAUCAUUAGUCUUCAGGAAGUGGAAACAGAGCAAUACUUCACCCUUUUUCUGCCAGCCUUGAAAGAACGAGGAUACGAUGGAUUCUUUUCUCCAAAGUCACGUGCCAAAAUCAUGUCUGAGCAGGAGAAAAAGCAUGUGGACGGCUGUGCAAUAUUCUUCAAAACAGAAAAAUUUACGCUGGUGCAGAAGCACACGGUGGAGUUCAACCAGGUGGCAAUGGCCAACUCUGAAGGUUCUGAAGCCAUGUUAAACAGAGUGAUGACGAAGGACAACAUCGGAGUUGCCAUCGUGUUAGAGGUGCACAAAGAAUUAUUUGGAGCAAGUAUGAAAUCGCUUCAUGUGGACAGACAGCUGCUUAUUGUGGCCAAUGCCCACAUGCACUGGGACCCUGAAUACUCAGAUGUGAAACUCAUUCAGACUAUGAUGUUUGUCUCGGAACUGAAAAAUAUCCUUGACAAAGCCUCAAGCAGGCCCAGUAGCCCGACAGUAGAUCCUAACUCUAUCCCUCUGGUGCUGUGUGCUGAUCUCAACUCGUUGCCUGAUUCAGGUGUAGUGGAAUACUUAAGCAACGGCAUAGUAGCUGACAACCACAAGGACUUCAAGGAGUUGCGUUAUAACGAGUGUCUCAUGAACUUCAGUGGCAACGGAAAAAAUGGGGCUUCUGAAGGAAGAAUCACGCACGGCUUCCAACUCAAGAGCGCCUACGAAAACAACUUGAUGCCUUACACCAAUUACACUUUUGAUUUCAAAGGUGUGAUUGACUACAUUUUCUAUUCCAACACUCACAUGAACGUGCUUGGUGUCCUGGGGCCUUUGGACCCUCAGUGGCUGGUUGACAACAACAUCACUGGGUGUCCACACCCUCACAUCCCUUCAGACCACUUCUCACUGUUAACACAACUCGAACUCCAUCCUCCGCUCCCGCCUCUUGUCAACGGCGUGCACUUGCCUAACCGGAGGUAGUGGAGCUCUGCCCCUCAGAGGGCACGGACCUGUUGUUACGGACCUGUACAGUUGUAAAUCAAAGUAUAUAGGAGUGAAGUAUGGCCAACCUUAAGCUGCUUCUUCAAGCUCCUUUCCUUAUGUGUUUGAUAUGAGAUUUUGCACAUUUUGGUGCAUAUUGGUAUCAUUUGGCACUAGGGCUGGAACCAAAGUAUUAUUCCCUUUCCAGGUUUUUAAUUUAAUUUCUUUUUUUAAAAAACUGGCAAGCUUUUUUUUUUUGUUUCGUUAGGAAGCUGCACUUAUAAAUGGACAAAUGAGAUUAAAACCUUGCAUAUUAACGUAUUUCAAGAUAAUGCUUUUUUCCAGAACGUGGCAAAAUGAGCCAACCUUUUAGGAGAAAUUAAAACAAAAAUAGAAAUGCUUGUUUUGUAGGACAAAUAUUAGAAAUACUGUUUGUUUGAACCCAAAACGGAGCCUGAACUCUGCAUCUGAAAUAAAUUUUGCACAUUAGAGAAGCACUUAAUACCUGACUUUAACUGAUUAGCAGUGUGGCCCUGCCCCUUGUCUGACUGAUAUUAGAAAACCAAAGAUAGCUUCAUAUCUGUGAGACAUGUGAGGUCUAAAUUCUCCCAAUGUAAUUCCGUUCACAACACUAUGUCCAGUGAGGCUGCAUCUGUCAAGACUUUGCAGGUGAGCGUUCAAUGCCCUGUGUAGAUCGCUUGCCUGGCAGGCACCAUGGUGACUUCUCUUUGGAGCUCUGAAGACCUUGGUCCUUUCUGGGCAAGAUCCGCAGGAAUCCAAAGGGCCUCUAUGAAACAGAGCUGCCUCUCCGCUUUGGCAGGCCAGGGCGACACGCUGUUCCGCAGCACAGUUUGGGAGCAGGACUUAGACAUGGUAAGAAAUUGCACUUGAAGCGAGCUGUUGCAAGCGUUUGGGUUCACGGUGAAUAAAGAAGUUGCAAAUCCGUCCCACGUUCCCUUUUCCAAAGUUUGGUUGCAAAGAUGGGAAGCUUGGGAUUGACUGUUUAGGUGCAAGGUACGGGAAAAAGCCACUGGACAUGUCCUUACUUCUGUCUCCAAAGGGCAUGUGGAGUAGCUGUCGGAAUUCUUUUUCCCUUGGGGGAGUGAGGGUAGCCGUAGGCAUUCCUUGGAUGGGCUUUCCUGACCCUAGUUGCCAAAUCGCCAUCACACUUCUUGAAUACUCUUUCUUUUCUGUUGUUGGUCAGGGUUAAAUUACAAAGCUGCUGGUUCAUUCCCAGCCUAUGGCUCUUUAAGGGUGUCGGAAAUCCUUUUUUCCCCUUUUUCUGCUCCAGGUGGCCAGUUCAGUCCCUUGGGCCUCGAGAGGCUUUAACCAUAAUGCAAUUUUCCCAAGAAUUGGUUGGCUGCUUAAUGUUUAACAAAAAUGGCACAGAAAUAGGAAAAGGUUGUGUCUGUGUUUUUAAGUUUUUCUUUAUUCUGCUUUUUUUGCUGCUAUAAGAUUUUCUUGAAUUUCUAUUUUAAACUUUUCAUGCACUUUACUGUUUCUAGUCUCAAAAUGUGAUAUUUUUAAUAAAUGAAACAAUUUUCCAUUAUGUGAAUGAAAUUUUUAAACAGAUUGAGAGCCUAUAUUUAUGUCUCAUUCGUAUACUUACAAAAAGUCUAAAUUUAAAUUGUGGAAUUAGUUUUAAAUACCAAGGAGCCGUCUUCUGUCUUACAAAGCUGUUAAGCCAGGCUGUUCCACUAGAAUUAAACAUUUCCUUUGUCGUUUUAUACAUGGGAAAUUAUCCGGGGGGGGGGAACAAUUGGACAUAGAGUAGAAGCUAUUCCCUGACUCUUGUUGGGGGCCGGGGAGGGGAUGGUGUGGGACAGAAAGGGAAGACUGGAAUGACAUGACAAUUCCCUAUUAAAAGAAGUGCCUAAAACCCAGAGGCGUUGGCUAUUGCCUACUCUAAAUUGGAAACGAGGUGAAAUCCCUGCGCAGCGAUUGCUUUGUGCAGCACCAAAAAAAGCCCUUUUUUCUAGAGACGGCUUUUCCUCAAGGUGCAGGUAUCUCUUUUAUAUAUACCUCAGCGCUUGACACCCAGCCGUGGCAGAGGAAUUAAAGUGAUUGGAGAGUAUAGUACUGGAAAGUAGAAUAGCAUGAAAAACUUAAUUCUGUGGACAUUACCUUUCUGUCGUCAGCUACUGUACGUUUUUGGGAGAGGGAUGCUCUGCUCCGGAGGUGUGCACUAACCAACCCUUCUCCUCCUUUUCCUACACGCAUGUUAACUUCGCAACAUGAGCAAUAUUUCCUACCAUACUUCACUCCCAAUAUUUUUCGAGAUGUUUGUAUAAAAUGGAAUUUCCGAGUCACCUACGAUUGUAUAUGAACUGCAGAGGAGCCCGUUUAUUAAUAAAAAGAAAAACCAACAACAAGCUUUUGUAAUGUCGGGGUGGGAGCGGAUGGGGAUGAAACAAAAAACACCCUGGCAAACGCUUGUAAAGUGACUUUCCUUUGGUUUCCAAUCAAUUGGAGUGUGCUGUUGCGGGAAGGGGGUUAAUUGGAUUUUCUCUGCUGCGAAACACAUUUCCGAACAUCCUUUACACUGUGUGGGAUUUUAAAAGAUGUUAUAUCAACAGAUGUUGUAUGAAACCUCUGGAUUUUAAAAGAAAGGAAUCUUGUUUGUGUUUCAGUCAGUGCACGGAACCGGGGAUGUUCACCUGCCUUUCCUGAGUCUGGCUCACUCCUCCUUUUCCUUCUGUUCUUUUCGCUUCCUAGCAGGAGCAGUAAGGGGGCUGCGCUUUUUUUCCAGCUGGGCAGAAAUCUCCAUAGGGAUUUUCUGCUUUAAGAAGAGAGGGAGUGGGGAGCCAUCAGCCUCGUGUGCAGGAUGGGAUCCCUUUCAGUAAACAUAUGGAUCAUCCAGAUGGCAGCGCUGAUUUCCUUUUGCCCCAGAUGGAAGCUGACGGUAGGGUGUUUUCUAGGGGAGGGGGAGUAACAUGGAGCAAAAUAUCCCUGACCCUGAGAGCAGAGAUGGGUGGGAAACCCUCCAUUCUCUCCAUCACUGACCCUUGGCUUCCAGUACGCCGCAGUGCCCUCACCUGGAAACGCAAGCUCUGAGCCCUUUACUGCUCCUCGCUGUCUUGGUUUUGCUUUCAUAAAUCUGGUGCCUGGUGUCAGCUUCUGAGCAACAGCACUGCCUGCAGCAAGCAGAGAACAAAUCCAACCCCCUCCCACCAGCAACUUUUUAACAUUCCAUAUGGUCCAUCUGUUAGAUCUGGGGGUUUGCGUGUGUGUGUAUAUAAAAAAGAGACUUUUAUACAAU